GAGCCGGGAUUGGACAGAGCGGUCACGUGGGGGGCGGAGCGCGACUUCCUGACAGCGUUCGAGGACCGAGAGCCAGAUCUGCUGCUAUGACACUAAUACAGCACUAGGGUUCGCCCUGACAGCAGGUACCAUGUCUUCUGUCCGGUACCUGGCAGCGCUGCAGCGCCCAGCACAUGGCCCAGCGUCAGACCAAGCCCAGGUUAUAUGUUGGGAACAUGCAGUCUAUGUGUCUAACGGCACCAGGUUUGUUUCUCUGUACGACAUGAAGACGAGAUGUGUAACGGCCGUGCAUUUGUUCCCUGCAAAAGUUUGGCGCAUUGAACUGGUCUUAUCUACAAGGCAGCUUUAUGUCCUCUGUGCCAAAAAUGGAAUAUACUUUAUUGAUUUGGAUGAAGAAGGAAGGUGCUUGAAGGAACAUGACCAUCCCACAAGCGUAGGAAAUGUGAAAAUCCUCUCUGUAGGCAUGGAAUCCUGCUGCUUGUGUGAUCCCUCCAUUUGUGCAUUCACCGUGGCUCAUGGGAUUGUAGUUACUGCUUCAAAACAUCCAGAAAACUGGGGGAUCAAACUAUUUCACUGCAGUGACAAACCUGCUUCUAUGACUCCAUUCCGAGAGAUGAAAUUCUCAAUUAAACCACCUCCUGGAGCCAUUAAAGAACUGAAAGACUCCGGUGUCCAUCCGCUACUGCAGUGUGUUACUCUCUGGAAAGAGAAUGAAUCGAGUGAUAAUUGUAAUCUUAAAUUACAGCCUUCCCUGUUCACAGCGGUGCUGGGACUUGAUUGCGCUCUGCUUGAGUCUCCAGUGAUUCUCUGUGGUUUCCCAGAUGGACAGGUAGUUUGCUUUCCUUUAAAUGCUGCUGGUCUGCCCAGAUCUGGAAACUCUGGCACACCUAUAGAAUGCGUGAGAGUCCUCUAUCACCUGGAGCAACCUGUUGUCUUCAUUGGAGCCACAAGACUAGAAUUGCAGAGCAGCGAGAGCGCUCACUCAUCGAUGAGCAAUGGGACCUUGGCCUCGGAUUGCUUAUUAUUCAUUGGCUGUGGAGGCCUAUUAGUGACCUUGACACAGCUGAGCAAUACACAAGGGACAACCUGUGAGUUUAGAGAAUACCGUUUGCAAGCCCCUGUCUCCUGUGCUCUCUGCUAUGGCUCCAACGUAUAUUACAGUACGUGUUCCGACCUCCUCGCUGUCACUAUUCCUCCAUCAGCUAAAAUGGACACUACGAGGACCCAACAUAAUCCCAUAAUGCCUUCUGUUAGCCAUAGUGUAACCAUGGUCGUGGCUAUUGCUCUGACAUCCUGUUCUCCAGAUGGUGACGUGGAGCUUGUAGCGGUUUCUAACAGAGGGAAACUUUUGCUUUGUAAACUGAAUCGAAAACAGAGUAAGGCACAGGUUGGGCUGUUGGGUUCCAGAUCAGGGAAGCAGAUCAAAACCCUCCUCUCAGGGAUUGGCACUGUGUCAGACAGGAUUUCAAAACUGAGAUCCAUUCUUGAUCAGAAGACAAGCUGUCUGAUGGCCCUCAACCAGGUGUCUUCAUUGAUCCGAUUAAUUCUGACUGCGUCACCAGCGGAUUGUCCCGUACACUGCCAGGUCAAGGUGUCCUGGACCAAUGUUGUGGGGAGGAACUGUUUUGUUGCGGCCUGUAAAUUAAAGAACAACACAGAUUGCGUAUUGGAGAAAGGAUGGACACUGUGCAUUUACUUGUGGAGAGAUUCAUGUGACAAUAGGACUUCAUACUCUUUCCCUCUUCCAAAAUUAUUACCUGGAGAAUACACGGAACUGUGUUUCCCUCUGUCCAUACAGAGCAGUCGCGAUUUUGAGUUCCCUAUCAAUAUGGCAUGUACAUUAUUUUACAGUUUUAAGGAAAUAUCUGCAGAUAAUGAACAUUCUGUUAGCCCUACAGAUUUGUUUACAAUCCACAAACAAGGAAUCUGUGUACCUCUACAGGAUCUCUCCAUCGAUAUUCUGCAGUGCCUUAGGUUAAACCCCCGAGCUGGCCGUCCUUUCUCUCCUGUUACCUCACCCUGGGAUGUAGUUGAAACAUUUUUAAAGAUGUCAAACAGAAUUGAAAGGAACAUGGGAGAAUUGAGCCAUAUAACUGAGGAUGUUGGUAAUCCGAGAGUUAAUUUUACAGUGUCAUUAAAAGUCACAGUACGUGUGUCUGCCCAUCUGUUCAGCCAAGUCCUACAGAACAAAAAAUCAGGAGAGUCUGUCUGCAGCUCUGUGCUGCGAUGGCUUUUCCCAGACAAGCUAACAAGUACAGAGAAUAAGGAGGAAGUUCAUGCUGUCACCCCGAGUGGACGAGCGCUUUCUCUACGUGUUCGCGAAGUGUCAGUGGGAGAGUCUUCAACAGCUAUUCCAGCCAUUGAGGUUGAACUUGGGAGUCCUCAUCUAGACGCUUUGGCCUGUAUGCAUAUGGCCGUGAUCAGCCGCUUCAAGACUCUGGUCCAAAGAAAUAAAAGCAAUGGAUGUCACACCCCUGACUUAAAAUUGCGAAAUAUUCAGCAGCAAUUCCUCGUGAAAGAACCUUCCUUAAAAGAAGUGCAAGCCAUGCGGGACAGACUUUGUGUGCUGAAGGGACUGAACUCUGCUCCAAUUCUGCAGAAGCUCCUGCACAUCUAUAGAGUGUUACGUGAUCCAGGACCUCUCAUCUUCUGAUCCAACUAGUUGUAUUCCAUUGUUUUGGAGAAGUUAGAAGCUUCCUGUCCGUGGAUCUAGUAGGAGGUUAGAUUUGGUAAAUGGUGGAGAUGUUUCUAUAGUGACUGUACGUUGUGCAGACAGAUUUAUUAUCAAAUACUUGGCUCUAGAGGCAAAUAGAUUUUCUGGUCAGUAGGUGAAAACUAAGAUGAAUUUCUGCACUUAUGAGCAAAGUAUUUGCAUGUAAAUAUUUGCAAAUGAACCCAAAAGCAUAAGAAAUUCUUACCUUCAUAUUAAGGUUAUAAUCAUUUUUGUUGUGUGUUUACAUUUUCCUG